UCUCAUUCAGCUCUCAAUGCUCUCUACUGCCACUGCUGCUGGGGCCGAAGCCUCGUAAUAUUCAUGACCGUCCACCGCCCCCCUUUUCUUCCACCUCAUCUGCUUGCUUGCUUGCUGCUACUCAAAACUCAAAUGCUUUCUUCCCACCAGUCCACCCUCCUCCUCAUCACUCUUCUUCCUCUUUCCACUUGGGGUCAUGUAUUCUAGUAAGCUUCCUGCCGCAUUCAUCUUUGCAAUCAUUCUUCCUCCUCUUCCUUCUUCUUGUCUUUUCAGGGUAACUAUUUAAUUCUCGAUAAUUCCCUACCGUUUCUGUCGUCUCUUCCCGUAGCUUUUCUGCCUUCCUUUUCGUUUUUUGGGAUAAAAAGGGAAGCGAAGACAGAAAAAAAAAAAAAAAAGGAUGGCAAUAUUUGCUGUGAUUCGUUUGCUGCGUUUCUUGUGCCUGUCCGCAUCUGUAUAUGCCGUAUCUGCUCUCAAUUCAGAUGGAACCGCUCUCUUGUCACUUCUUAGGCAUUGGACGCUUACCCCUCCUUCCAUCAAAUCUACCUGGAAUGCUUCCCAUUCCACCCCUUGCUCUUCUUGGGUUGGAGUCCAAUGCCACCCCAGUCAUCAAUUCUUCGUGGUUUCUUUGAAUCUUUCCGGCUAUGGCAUUUCUGGCCAAUUGGGACCUGAAAUUUCUCGUUUAUAUCACUUGACCGUACUUGACUUGCGCUUCAACGCCUUUUCUGGUUCAAUUCCUUCCCAACUAGGAAACUCCACUCGUCUCCAGCACUUGGAUCUCUCUUCCAACAACUUCACUGGACGACUACCUCUCGCCCUUGGCAACUUGUACCGUCUUUCCUACUUAAGCCUGUACGACAAUUCUCUGACUGGUACCCUACCCCGCUCCUUGUUUUCCAUCCCAGCCCUUCACACCGUUUACCUCAGCACCAAUCGACUGACCGGCACCAUCCCAUCCAAUGUUGGAAACGCCAGCGAGCUUGUGUCUCUGUGGCUCUACGGAAAUCACUUGUCAGGGACCAUUCCGCCCUCCAUAGCAAACUGCACUUCCUUGCAAGAACUCUAUUUGGGUGACAACCAGUUGGUUGGAUCAUUACCGGACGCUCUCGACAGUCUUGAGCACCUGGUUUAUUUCGAUGUAAGCAGCAACAUGCUCGACGGCGACGUUCCUUUCGUUUCCGGGAACUGCAAAGAGAUGGACACAUUUGUUUUCUCUUUCAACAACUUCACGGGAAGCAUUCCACCAGCUUUGGGAAAUUGCAGCAGCCUAACACAAUUUGCUGCUGUCAGUUGUGCCUUAACCGGCCCAAUUCCUCCCUCUUUUGCCCAACUAGGAAACCUGAUGAAUCUUUAUCUCUCGGACAACAGGCUGUCAGGAGAAAUUCCACCGGAGCUGGGACGGUGCGCGUCCUUGGUUGAUCUGCGGAUAGAGGAAAACCAACUAGUAGGCCAAAUUCCAGUUGAGCUAGAAAAGCUCAGCCAGCUGCAGAGCCUGUUUCUCUUUACCAACCAUUUGACUGGCGAAAUCCCUCUUGGUAUAUGGAAGAUUCAAAGCCUUCAGAAUCUUCUAGUUUAUCAAAACAAUCUUUCUGGGGAGAUACCCAUCGAAAUCACCGAACUAAAGCAGUUAAGGAACCUGUCUCUGUUCGAAAACCAGUUUACUGGAGUUAUACCUCAAGGACUGGGAAUUAACAGCACCUUAGUGCAAAUAGAUUUAACUAGUAACCGAUUCACGGGGCCUAUUCCUCCGAAUAUUUGCUUUGGAAAUCAGUUGAGGAAGCUGAACUUGGGCCAAAAUGAUUUUCGAGGCAGCAUUCCGCCUGGUGUCGGAAGCUGUUCUAAUUUAACGAGACUGAUUCUCAAACAGAAUCAUCUCACUGGCAUCAUUCCUGACUUUGUAGAGAAUCCCAACCUUGUGUACAUAAACCUCAGCAGCAAUAACUUGAGUGGGGAAAUACCUAUAAGCUUGGCGAAUCUUACAAAAGUUACCUCUAUUGACCUAUCCAUGAAUAAACUCUCUGGGCCUAUACAUCCCGAGCUAGGAAGACUUGUGGAGCUUCAGGCCAUAGAUCUAUCUCACAACAGUUUGGAAGGUGAAUUGCCAUUUCAACUGUCCACCUGUGAAAAGCUCUCGGAACUUGAAGUCAGUAAUAACUUGUUAAAUGGCUCGAUUCCAGCCAGUUUUAGGAGCCUGACAGAGUUAUCAACCUUGGGUCUGAGUGAGAAUAGAUUUGCGGGUGAUAUCCCAGUUUUUCUGUUUGAAUUCGAAAGGCUCUCAACACUGCAUCUUGGAGGAAAUUCAUUUGGCGGAAGCAUUCCGGCAUCAGUUGGAUCACCGCAGGCUGGUGAAAAUAUGAGGUCGUUGAAUUUGAGCAGUAACAGAUUAAUGGGUCAAGUUCCUCCUGAGCUCGGGAGAUUAGACAUGCUGGAAGAUCUGGAUAUAUCUUCCAACAAUCUAUCGGGAAGCUUAGGGGUCCUUGAUAACAUCCACUCAUUGGUGUUCAUAAACGUCUCCCACAAUCAUUUUGCUGGUCCAGUACCUGCAACAUUACUCAAGCUCCUCAACUCGUCUCCUUCUUCAUUUGAAGGAAACUUGGGUCUUUGCGUCAAUUGUCUUUCAGGUGGCAGCUCGAGUUGUACGGAGAAGAGUUUCUUGAGACCUUGCACUGUUCAAUCGGAGAAUAAAAGAGGCCGCAGCAAAGUAGGAACGGUAAUGAUAGCGCUGGGGUCAUCAUUACUUUGCAUCUCACUACUCGGUGGGCUUGCUUACAUGUUCCUGCGGAGGAAAGGACCUAAACUGCAAAAUGCAAUUGCUGCUGAAGGAGGUGCUUCUUCGCUGCUCAAUGAAAUAAUGGGAGCCACGGAGAACCUGAGUGGUAAGUACGUGAUUGGGAGGGGCGCGCAUGGAACGGUGUAUAAGGCUUCAUUGAGCUCAGGUAGAGUGUAUGCCGUAAAGAAGGUUGCGUCGGCGGGAAGUAGGGGUGGAAGCAAAAGUAUGAUCAGAGAAAUUCAGACGAUUGGAGCUGUAAGGCACCGGAACCUUGUCAAGUUGGAAGAAUUCUGGUUUAGAAAGGACUAUGGCUUGAUUUUGUACAACUACAUGAAGAAUGGAAGCCUGCACGACGUUCUUCACGAGCGGAAUCCACCUCUUCAAUUGGAGUGGAGCAUUCGUUAUAAGAUAGCGCUCGGCACCGCUCAAGGACUAUCAUAUCUUCAUUUUGACUGCGAUCCCGCGAUAGUGCACAGAGACAUUAAGCCUAUGAACAUACUGUUGGAUUCUGAAUGGGAUCCUCAUAUAUCCGAUUUCGGGCUUGCCAAGCUUCUCGAUGAACAACAAGCUGCUUCCAUGUCAUGCAGCGCAGUUAUUGGAACUGUCGGGUAUAUAGCACCAGAGAAUGCAUUCACAACAACAAAGAGCAAGGAGUCGGACGUGUAUAGCUAUGGGGUCGUUCUGCUGGAGUUGAUAACUAGGAAGAAGCCACUGCUAGAUCCUUCUUGUUCAUUCAACGACGGGGAAGGGGAAGAGGACCUUGUGAGCUGGGUUCGGUCAGUUUGGAAUGAAGCAGAAGAAAUCAAGGAUGCAGUUGAUCCAGGGCUUUUGGAUGAAUUUAUAGAUUCGAGUGUCAUGGAGCAGGCUACCAAUGUUCUUUUAGUGGCACUGAGAUGCACGGAGAAGGAGCCGAGCAAAAGGCCUUCAAUGAGAGAUGUAGUGAAGCAGCUCACAGAUGCAUACCCCAUUUCUACUUCUACUUCUAGAACCAAAUCAAAUCUAUUAUGUAGUUAUAGAAACUAAACUGACUCCCCACAUCCCAUUGAGUAGUAGUGUUCAUAAUCGGUGGAUGUUUUUGUUCUUGUUCUUGUUUUUGUUUUUGUUUGAACAGAAUCAGAAUGAACCCAGUUUUGUAUUGAGAGGACCAAGGAUGGAGUGGUGGCAGAGAAAGAGGUAAUUGUUACUCUCCACUCACUGCUCCAACGACCAAACUCAAAUUACCGGCACACUAGGUUGUACUUCGACCUGUUUGGUUUAGUUAAUGUGUCGUCUUCCAUUCAAACUUCAAUAAUUUACGACCCGUAUUAGCAUUUUCUUCUUCUUUUUUUUUUUUUUUGGGAAAGAGCUGCAACGUCAAAUACGGAUGGAUGGCAACUGUGGGGACCGCGGGAC